AUGCCACCACGUAAGCAACAACGCAAAAGAGCGGCAACAACAACGGGUGGUCCGUCUUCACGUCGUAGUCGUCGUGCUUCAACCCUCAACACCACCAUAGCGACACAGAAUGCUGCCCCAGCAGUUGAUUUACCGCCAUUGGCCACACCACAAACAUCAACUCCUCCUGCUCCGUCCUCAGGGAAUGUUCUGUCGCCCGAGAUCCUUCAGACUCUGGUGUCAACCGUGGCUGCUGAAGUGACCAGGCAAAUGGCUACGAUUCUUCCAGCCCAAGUUUCCAGUCCAGUGCCAACUCCAGCAGUACCUGCUGUACCUGUGAUGGCUACCGAACCGACACAGAGUCUGACAUCGUCAUCCAAUGCAGCGGAAGUCAAUAAUUUGGUAACGGGGGCAAUAGCUGCAGCACAUGUUGGCAUCUUGGGUGAGCCACAGUUAUUGCUUACUAUAAUAUCUUCUAGUACUGCGAGUUCUGUCGAACCUGCUAAAUUGUUUCACUCAGCCGGUUUGGCUAUUGACUCGCGGGUUUCGGCAAAACUCAAGGGUAAAAUAUGGGAUGAGGAGUUUAUCGAUUUUGGUAGCUUGUUGAGUAAUUCCGCCGAUGGCAAUGAUAAGUAUCAACUUUCAUUUUUGAGUUCUAACGGUGGUCUACCUGCCUCUUUUUGUCUGGAACCUGCGGCCAAGCCUAAGAAAAUCCUAAAUAUUGAAGCUUGGCUUCAGGCUUUUCACGUAUUUGUGGGCGUUUACACUCAAAGAUACCCAGUUGAGGCCCCCGCCUUAAUGAAAUAUGGGUGGACUAUUCAGGACUUGGUGGCUCACGGUCUGAAUUGGCACUUUUACGACAAGAAUUUUCGUUUUUUUAAGACAAACUCAACGUACUCUUGUUCCGUGGGGCUUGAUUCACGGGGAACUGUGGUUGCGUUCACAGUAUUCUAUGACUAGAAAGUCAUCAGGGCCCCAAGUGGGUCAGAAUAAUUUUGCUCCUAAGCCCCGGUCACCUAAUACUGCUGUGCCUUGGGGUUAUUGUUUUAAAUUUCACCGUGGUCAAUCGUGUACGGGCUGUGCAUUUAAACACUUGUGUUUUAAAUGCCAGGGUAAUCACUGUGUCAGCCAGUGUGGUAAUAAUUUUCGUAGCUUUAACGGAAAAUCACCCGCCAAUACCGACCGCUCCGCCAAGUCAAGUACUAUCAACGCCGGUAAAAAUUCAGCCUCUAAUUGAACUUUUGUCAGGUUGCGAGCCAUCGAUUAUAAAUACUUUAAUUUCUGGUUUUUGGUUUGGGUUUCCUCUGCACUAUCAGGGCGAAAUCAAAUCUAUAGAGUAAAAAAAUUUAACUUCAGCUUUACAAUAUCCAAAAAUUGUGGACAUGAAACUAGAAAAAGAAUUGGCUGCCAACAGGUUAGCCAGCCCCUUUUCGUCGCCGCCAUUUAAUUCCUUUUGUGUUUCGCCUCUUGGCCUGGUCCCUAAGAAAACACCCGGCGAAUUUCGUUUAAUCCAUCAUUUAUCCUUCCCUAAAGGUGUAUCGGUUAAUGAUGGGAUACCUUCAGAAAGUACAAGCGUACAUUAUGCUACUGUUUCUGAUGCAAUACGUGUAAUAAAACGCGCUGGGCCAGGUUGUUUCAUAGCGAAAACCGACAUCAAGAACGCUUUUCGAAUCAUGCCAAUACAUUCUGAAGACUAUCGUCUUUUAGGAAUGAAAUGGCGGGGGUUAUAUUAUUUUGACCGUUGCAUGCCAAUGGGAUGCUCCAGUUCAUGCAAAACUUUUGAAAUAUUUAGUACAGCCAUUGAAUGGAUUGCUCAACAAAAAUUCAAUAUCGAUAAACUCCUCCAUCUUUUAGAUGAUUUUCUUUUAAUUGCUGCCACUCAUACCCAAUGCCGGAGCAAUUUGGAUAGAUUUCUAAAUUUAUGCGCCACACUCGGUAUUCCUAUUGCACCAGAGAAAACGUGCGGGCCUGCAAUAACUCUUACAUUUGCUGGUAUUGAGUUAGACUCUAUAAAAUCGCAAGCGCGCUUGCCAGCAGAUAAACUUGCAAAAUGUGUCGACACUAUUGAGUCUUUUCUUAACCGCAAAAAGGUUACCCUAAAAGACCUUCAAUCUUUGAUCGGCUUGUUAAAUUUUGCUUGUUCCGUAAUUGUGCCAGGUCGCGCAUUUUUACGGCAUUUCAUUGACCUUACACAAGGCAUUCAGAACCCGCGACAUUUCAUUCGUUUACGUCAGGCGGUCAAAGAGGAUUUGAAAAUUUGGCAAACAUUCUUAUCUUCUUUCAAUGGCAUUUCAUUUUUCCUGGACAAAACUUGGUGAAUUCCAACAAGCUUAAUUUGUUUACAGACGCUUCAGGUUCGAUUGGCUUUGGGGCCAUAUUUCGCACCGAAUGGUGUUAUGGCAAAUGGCCGGCACAUUGGUUACACCGUAAUAUCGCAUUUCUAGAGUUCUAUCCAAUUGUUCUGAGCCUGUGCUAAUGGGGACACAAAAUGCGCAAUCAGUCUAUUUUACUAUUUACUGACAAUGAAGCUCUGGUUCAUGUCAUCAACAAAAAAUCGUGCCGGGAUAAGACAUUAAUGUGUUUUGUUUGUCAAAUGGUUUUGGUUUGUUUACAAAACAACAUAAUGUUUAAGGCUAAGCAUAUUCCUGGUAUUUAUAACAAACUAGCCGAUUGUUUAUCUCGAUUUCAGGUUACUGCCUUCCAACAAUUAGCACCGGCCAACAUGAACAGUCUUCCCACAGACAUCCCCCUUCAUCUACAACCUCAAAACUGGUGGAUAUAGUAACUCAUUUGACUAAAUCAAGUUUACAGCAAUCAUCUAUUCCUACUUAUACUAGGGCAUAGAAACUAUUUGCUCAAUUUUUCAGACAGCUCGUUUUAGCAUGCCUAUUUCGCCCGCAACAUUGGCGCUUUUUAUAGCGUAUUUAUUUGACCGCAAUUAUGCAUCCUCUACAGUCAACACCUACAUUUGUGCCAUUGGUUAUUCUCACAAAUUGUCCAGUUUACCUGAUCCAACUCGAGUUUUCUACAUCAUUCAAAUGUUAAAAGGCUAUGCAAAAAAUGACAUACGUUUAGACAGUCGCUUGCCGGUGACUUUGCCAAUACUACAAAGUUUGCUUGCUGUGGCUCCUGGUAUUACUGCUUCGUGCUACCAGGUUUGUCAAUUCAAAGCAAUGUGCUCUUUGGCAUUCUUCGCCUUUUUAAGGAUUGGCGAAAUUACUAAGCAAACUAACAACGCAAGUUGUCAACCUUUGCAAAUGUCCUAUGUUUACGACUCGAGCCACAAAGUGGUUGGCAUCAAAUUGACCUUUCUAGAUUUCAAGCACAAUUAUAACCAACGGCCUUUUACGUUACUGGUUUAUCGUCAAACGUCAUGCUGUCCUGUCGCACUACUGCUUGAGUACCUAGCAUUGCGAGGCAUUCAACCAGGUCCAAUAUUUGUAACACAGAAAGGCAUGCCUGUAACUAGAGAGGUUUUUUGCUAAACAGCUGUCUGAAGCAAUACGUUUGUGUGGUCUUAACUCGUCUCGCUACAAGUCUCACAGUUUUCGUAUUGGUGCCGCCACAUGGGCCGUAGAAAGGGGGAUGUCCGAUUCACAAAUUCGCACAAUGGGGCGAUGGAAGUCAAAUGCUUUUCAUAAGUACAUUCGGGUUCCAGUGAUUUCCACUUAAUUUCUUCCUACCGAUCAAAAGGUCUUGAGAUUAAUCUUAGCGCCUGACCGCAAGAUUUGCGGGGGAAAGUCUUGUGGUCAGGCAACAAUGAUAAUCCAGUUAGUGCUUCUGUCAUCAGGUAACCAUUUGCGAUUAGCAAGGGCGGUUGCAUUUUGUCAGUUGUCACUGAGGCAUUAACACUUGGUUAACACUUGUAAUGUAUUGAAAUAAGUAGCUUUCAGGUACCAGUCAGUACCUUGGCAUUUGUAAGUAGUUCAAAUUGUUAUCGUUAUAUAUAUGAACAUUAACAGUUAGCAAGGGCGACUGUUAAAACUUAUACUAUACGUUCGUUUUAUGAGGUUUCUCUAAUGUUAGCUUUUGCACAGGGCAGUCAGCAAGGGCGGCUACCUGUGUCUUAUCAUUUCACCUCUACUUGAUAAAUCGACCUAGUCAAUAUUUAAAACUUACUAUAACGAAGACAGUUUGCAAGGGCGACUGUUCUUUAACCAAAUUUGUGGUUUUGACUUGUUUAGCAUCAGUACGACUAAGUAGAUUAUAGCAAGAGCGCUUUGGGCUUGGUUACAUCAAUGGUAACAGACUUGAGUGUUGCAUUCGCCUGGGGUGGGGCGGCAUCUUCUCCUGUUCGAUGCUUUGGCAUAAUCUUGCCCUCACCUUUACUGGGCAAAACGGUUUCAGAACAUUUUAAUGUAGAUACAUAUCUUAUGUAUUAUAUUUCGAAAGUUAAAAUAAAGCGGCUGGGCCCCAGCCAGAUUAACCCAACAACAAGGUGAAUUAUUUACAGUGUUCUAUUUAGUACACCGCCCAGUAAACGGAGCUCGGGAGAUGCAACACCCAAGCCGAUAAUGCGUGUGUGGGAAGUAAUGUCUUCAUGUAUAAUACAUAGUUUAAGAUCAUUCGUUGAGACGGAAGGCAUAAAAAGCUUUAAUUGUAUUUUGAGUUAGUGUUGGUGUUUAAUUGCUAAGUGUUUGGUGUUUAAUUGCUGCACACAAUUUCAGACAACUUUUUUCAGUUUAAUCCCUUUAACUAUUCAAGCAAAAGUUAAAUUUGUUUCCUAAAAAUCAGCUUUUGCAUGCUAAGCAUGUGAUCAAUAUGCAAAUUAGCUAAAGCCAUUAAUCAAGCGUGUGAAAGGCUGAUUUUUUUAGGAAAAAUGAAUAGUUAAAGGGCUUACACUAAAGCAAAUUGUCUGAAAUUUUGUACAGUAAUUAGAAACCCAACAAAUUUUCCAUUCAUUAACUAAUUGUCAUCCGGUAUUACAUAUUCUGGUAUUACACAUUACAUAUUCCGACUUUGGAGAGGAGAAAAAUGAAAAUAUCUCUGCAAGUACAAAAACCCCCCUUUAAAACGAAAGCCACUGUUGAAAUCCUCAUAAAAUAACCUUUCGAACAGGGGGUGAAAUGCUGUCAUAACAUUACAAACAACCAAAGCAAUCGUAUAUUUACUCACCUUUGGCAAAACAUUUUGUAUUUCAUAUCGAGAAAAACUUGAAUAGAUAUCUUCUAAACUCUUCAGCAUUCGCCCAAGUCAAUAGCAGUGAAAUACUCCUUGUAUUCAAGUGCUUUUAUGUAGAAAGUUUCGCUUGAAUACGAAAAGUAGAAAUCUUUAUUUUGAAUUUUUCAAAAUAUCGGGUUUUUACUUGCACCGCGUGCAACACACUAAAAUUGGCCAUUAAGGAGCACCUGUAGCCCCAUGCACAUGAAAUUCACGCCACAGGGGUACUUUGACCUUUAGAAUCGAUUUCCUACCUUUCCUGAGUGAUGGGAUGUAAACAUCGCAUUGUUUUGGAUAUUUCAACUUGAACUUCCGGUCAAAGCACUCGCAUAAAAUUUAGAUAUUUUGAAAAACCAUAAUAGAAGAUCUGACUCGUCCCCAGUCGUCUUUAAAGGCCUUGGAAAUUAAAACAAAGGCAAAGCAAUCAAAGCUGAAUUAAUAACUUGAGAUAACACGAUUUGCGAGACACACAUGCAGAUGUAGUAAAAAUCACAUGCAGAGUGGGCGCGCAAGGGACAAAGGGAAGGAAGAAACGAGGAAAACGACUGGCAGAUCCUGGAUUCAAGAUGGCCACUAAAACAAUGGCGGAUUUUGAAGAGAAUCAUUAUCUCCAAAAUAGGCCAUUUCAUUGUUUGUAUUUAGACGGAAAACUACCAUGUCCUCACAGAUCAUGUAAAAGUAACUCUGUGAAAUUAUUUUUCGAGGAGAAAGGAAUCGUGCAACAUUUCAGAACCAAACAUAGUGGGAUUGUAUUUUACGAAGAGAAACAACUUCGAGAUGCACACCGUAUAUUUAGAUUUUCUCACGGAGAAAAAACAAAACAGCAUUUGGAAAUCCUUUCCAAACAACGCCAGCUUCAGGUAGGUGACUUAAUAAUAUGUAUUGCUCUUUCAAUCGCUGUGGUUGGGAAAAAUUUACAUGUUUCCAUGCAAAAAUUUACAUGUUUCCUCUAUGUGUAUAUUCACAGUAUUUUCCAUCUCUCAUUUAUUUUAGAGCAAUGACUACGAACGCUUUAGCAUAUCAACACCGUAUGAAGCUUGUCUUGCCAUUGAUUUAGUGGCGGAGUGUCCAAAAGAAUGUGCAAAGCUUGUAGGAAUGUUAUUAAUGCAUUAUGGUCAACUGAGAACGUAUAGCGAAGGAGCGAAGCCAGAAAUACUGGAAGUGACUAAGCCAGGGUUGUGUGUAAAGUUUAACACAUGGUAUUCCAAACGAAAUGUUAGAGAACCUCAUUACGACAGUGGUGGCAGAGGCAAUUUUUGUUAA